CGUUGAAAUUAAUUAGCCCGUUUAGCGGUAUCUUCGCGUUUAGUACAACCAAAUUAUAUAGUAAUGCUUUUUAUUGGCAUAACAUUAGCCGAAGUGUUCGCUCUUAGUUGGUUACCUUGCAAUAAGGUAUGGUGGUCGCGUCGGGCGCAGGGCGAGAGUGGGCGACCUCAUAUAGCUUGCGCGGGUGGUGUUUCCUUUAUUUGUUGAUCGGUCGCGGCGUGAUAGUGUCGUGCCACAGGACAUCAUGCGGACAUUACUGAUAUGUAUGCUGUGUGCAGUCACAGCUUAUGCUCAAUAUGAUUCGCCUACACCACCCCGGAUUCAAAUUCCUGGUGCAAUUAUAGGAGGUAGACAAGGUGGAUUUAGACAAGGAAGACUACAAGCCGCUCCAGUUCCAAGUGGAGUAGCAAGAAUAAGGAGGCCUGGACUUGCCAGGCCAUCGUUCAAAUCAGUAGAUGCAGCUCCCCGCCCAAGUUUACAGUCUCUUGAGGAGCAAUCCAAACCAGUAACAGAAGAACCUGAAGAUGAAAUAGAAAUCAACACACCAACUGCUUAUGUAUCGAACGCGUUCUCCACAGCAGAACCGCAAAACGACUUUUACGACAUAACAACUACAUCUCAACCAAAACCACCAGCUAUUUAUAAUUCAUCUCCGUUCCAACAAACCACACCAACAGCACCGAAACCUGAGCCAGUGAGACCAACACAAUACCGCCCCUUAUUACCCCAAUCAUUCAGCGCAGUUAGGAAUGAACCCACUGCGAGGCCCCAACCAGCCAGACUUCAGCCUUUAUCGAGCAGACCACAGCGACCUGCGUUUAGGCCUGAACCUAAACCUUUCGUUGACGAAGAAGAUGAUUACAUUCAACCCGUGAGACAAUAUUCCCGACCACAAGAGCCCAUUCGUGCACCUGCAAAGAGCGUGCCUGCCCAAAGAUACACUUCUUCCAACUCUAGAGAAAAAAAACCGGUAGCUCAAAUUAUACGCAAAUAUCGGGAAGAAAAUGAAGAUGGUAGCAUUACAUGGGGAUUUGAAAACGACGAUGGUUCAUUCAAAGAGGAAGUUAUUGGCAUAGACUGUAUCACUCGUGGUAAAUACGGAUAUGUCGAUCCUGAUGGUUUGAAACGAGAGUAUAACUAUGAAACAGGUAUUCCUUGUGAUAAGGCCAGAGAAGAUAAGGAACAAAAAGGCUUCAUUGACUAUCAAGAAAAUAAAGCAGUUUUACCAAAUGGUAUAACUAUUGAUCUUGCAGCAAUGGGUAAAAAAUCAAAGAGGCCAUUCAGAUCAGCGAGUAAUCACUAGACUUAUAAAUACAUAAAAUAUAUUUAUUUUAGGAGCUCUAAUUUUUAAGACAUAAUUUGUCUUGUCACUUAGUGUUAUGUAGAACCAUAAUAUUUUGUUAAAAUGGUUUUCAUUGAGCCUGAUUUGACAAAUAAAAAUAUAAAAUAAUA